CAGAAAACACAAAACACCAUCUCCUCUCUCUCCUCGAAAUAUGGAUCACGGAAGGGCAGAACAGUAAUUUGCGGCCACGCACUUGCUUUCCCGACAAAGAUAUAUAAAAAGCGAUGUUACUCUCUCCAGCCCCUGCAUGCAGUCCUCGGUGUCCCUGCAACGAAUACUAUUACAUUUUUUAACAUAACAACAAGGCCAAUGGGGGUGGAGCAGCUGCAUCGACCACCAAGCCCCGAAGCCGGUGAUGUCAGCCCCUCGGCUGCUGCCGCUACUUCCCGCCGUGGCGGCACCCGCCACCCGGUCUACCACGGGGUGAGGAAGAGGCGGUGGGGCAAGUGGGUGUCGGAAAUCAGGGAGCCCCGCAAGAAGUCGCGCAUAUGGCUGGGGUCCUUCCCGGUGCCGGAGAUGGCGGCAAAGGCCUACGAUGUGGCCGCCUACUGCUUGAGAGGAAGCAAGGCGCAGCUGAACUUCCCCGAUGAGGUCGAGGAGCUUCCGCUGCCCAACACGUGCACCGGGCGCGACAUUCAGGCCGCAGCUGCUAAGGCGGCGGCAUCUAAGAAGAUAAAUGUCAUCAUCAACGACAAUGACAACCGUGGAGAGGAGGAGGAGGAGGAUGAUUUUUGGGAGAAGAUUGAGCUGCCGGAGAUUUUGAUGAGCGGCGAGAACUUGAGCCUCUGUGACCACUGGCAGGGGAGAGGGUGGGGAGCCACAUUAGCCAUCGAUGAUGUUGAAGAUGAUAAUAACUAGUCCUGCCCUUGCUAUUAGGAAUUACUUUUUCAUAUUACGUGACGUGAGGAUGCAAAUACUGAUUAGUUUUAUAUAUGCAUGUUAAUAUCAAGUAAAUAAACCUAUGUUUUAUUCGAUUAUCAGGAUCUUGUUGAAUCAUUGUAUAAAAUUUAAUUUUUGGCAAGACUAUGGGACCGAAAAUUAGGAUAAAUCUAAUUUAGGAACUUAUACUUGCCUACCGGAAAAAAAAA